CUUCCCGCUUCCCACGUUUUCUUGCUUCCCGCCGUUUAGCUUUCGCGAGUUCCUUUGUGUGCUGCAGACCGUCUGGCAGCCGAGAGCUGUUCUGCCUAGCCCUUCUUCGUCUCUGCGCAGCGAACGGCGUUGUGUGAAGCCAUGGCCCCGCUGUCACGCAACAUCCUCCCUCUGAACGCCAAAGACAGCCACCGGAACGAUGGUCAGACGAACGGCCGUACCAACGGCAACACCAGCCAGAAACGCUCUCGUGUUCCCUGGCUGACCAACAGAUGGCGCAACGAACUCGUCGCUGCGGCUUCCGAGUUCGCCGGCACCUUCAUGUUCCUUUUCUUCGCCUUCGGAGGGACCCAAGUCGCCAACACGGCGGCCGUAUACAGCGAUGCGGCGACGGCGGGCCAGGAGCAGAAUAGCAUCACGCAGGCGCCGAAUACGAGUGUGCUGCUGUAUAUCAGUUUGGUUUUUGGGUUUAGCUUGAUGGUCAAUGUGUGGGUGUUCUUCCGCGUUAGUGGGGGCUUGUUUAAUCCUGCUGUUACCCUGGGUCUCUACCUCAUCGGCGCCCUGACCACGACCCGCGCAGCCCUCUGCUUCAUCGCCCAAAUGAUCGCCGGCAUGUGCGCCGCCGGCGUAAUCUCCGCCAUCCUCCCCGGCCCUCUCAAUGUCAGCACGACCCUCGGCUCCGGAACUUCGAAAGCGCAAGGCGUAUUCAUAGAGAUGUUUCUCACCUCUCUCCUUGUCUUCACCAUCUUCAUGCUCGCUGCCGAGAAACACAAGGCCACUUUCCUAGCGCCCAUAGGAAUCGGGUUGGCGCUGUUUGUGGCCGAGUUGGUCGGAGUAUUCUUCACAGGAGGCAGUCUGAAUCCGACAAGAAGCUUUGGACCGUGCGUGGUGACGCACAACUUCCCGGGAUACCAUUACAUCUACUGGUUCGGGCCGCUCAUGGGCACCCUCCUCGCGUGGGCCAUGUAUAAGAUCGUCAAAUCCGUCGAAUACCAAACUGUGAACCCUGGCCAGGACUUUGACGAUCAUGAGGCCGCACUAUUCCACCCCCCGGACGACCCCGAAAACGCAGCACAAGUUGAGCGCCCUAACGUCGCUGCUAUUGUGGCCGAAGAAGCAGUCCGCAUGGCGAGCACGCCAUCGAGAGAAGGUCAUCAACCUAUGGAUGGCAUUGAAGGGAGGAUGUCGGGAGAGGGUCGGAUUUCGCCUGUUGCGUCGAGGUUGAGUGAGCUGGGGAGGACGGGACAUGUGGGGAAUGGGCAGAGCAUGAGAGAGGUGAGGGAUUAGUUCCCCUAAUGUAAUCCAAGGAGUGUUAGAUGAAUAUUGGGUCGUUUGGAAGAGGAACAUAAUACUGGUAUAUCUGUUU